AUGUCUUUAAUGCGGCGCAGGAUCGCUGCCUUCGGGCCAUUCGCAUCAACACCAAUACUGGCCCUUCGGGGCUCGUCAGAUACGUCAGAUGUAUCAACUACCGGAACAGCAGAGGCGGUAGCUGCUGCCGCGACCAUUGCUCCCUUCGCCAUGGGGCUGAAUGGUGUCAACCAGCCCGUCAACAUGCUCUUCAAGGAGUCGCUCUGGUGGUCCUUGGGGAUACUCGCCCUGGUUGUGCUGUCCAUACGGCUCCUCGAACAGGCGUGGAGUAAGCUAAGACAGGUGUCCGCCAUGUCAGCGCCCGCUGAGAGGCAAGGGUACUGGAAGACAUCACAAUGGAGCUGGAUGCCCAGCUUGAAGAAGAACCUCACCUAUGCGCCGCUAUGGAGCAAACGGCACAACAGGGAGAUCAAGCUGUCCAACGCCAUGAGCAUAGGAACAUUGCCCUCCCGCCUCCACUUCGUCAUACUCGCCGGCUACCUCCUCAGCAACACCAUCUACAUGUUCUACCUCGAUUUCUCCAGAAAGAACCACUUUUCUCUCGCCGCCGAGAUUCGCGGGCGCUCAGGCACGCUCUCAGUCGUCAACAUGGUACCACUGAUCAUCUUGGCAGGCCGGAACAAUCCUCUCAUUUCUAUGUUGAGGGUGAGUUUCGACACCUACAAUCUCCUACACCGAUGGAUGGGCCGCAUGGUGGUGUUGGAGGCACUUGUCCACACCUUCGCCUGGGCCUACGUCCAGGUUGCCGCGGGUGGUUGGGACAGUUUCAACAUGAAGCUGCUGCACGAGACCUUUGAGGCCUCGGGCUUCGCUGGCACUCUCGCUCUCACCAUCCUCUUCUUCCUUUCCCUAUCGCCAGUGCGCCACGCCUUCUACGAGACCUUCCUCAACGUCCACAUCAUCCUCGCUUUCAUCACGUUUGCCAUGACUUGGGUUCACUGCGCCUCAGCGGCGAUCGCCGGCGGUCUGCCGCAGCUUCCAUAUAUUAUCGCCAUCUUCAUCCUCUGGGCCGCUGACCGUCUAGCGCGCAUGUUCCGUCUUGCCUACUACAACUGGUCUUCCCAGGGCUUUACAGAGGCCAUCGUCGAAGCCGUGCCAGCCGAGACUUCCCGGGUCACAAUGCACCUGCCUCGCCACGUCGACGUCCAGCCGGGAACCCACGCCUACAUCCGCAUCAUGGGAAUCAACCCUUGGGAGAACCACCCAUUUUCAAUCGCCUGGGUCGAGCAUCACCCGCCUAAGGAUGAAUCACUCGUCAACGAGAAGAGCCGAGACAAGGCCAGCCUACAGAAGGGAACUACUUCCGUCUCCUUUGUCAUCGGUGCGCACACGGGUUUCACGCGGAUGUUGUACAACAAAGCGUGCACUGGCCCGAAUGGCACCGUUCGGAUACGGGCUGCGAUGGAGGGCCCGUACGCGGGACACCACUCGCUCGAGUCCUACGGCCACGUAGUGCUCUUCGCCGGCGCCACUGGAAUAACGCAUCAGCUGUCCUACCUCAAGCCGAUGAUCGAGGGGUACAACGCCGGCACCAUCGCGACGCGGCGGAUAACGCUGGUCUGGAUCAUACGCGACACCGACGCGCUAGAGUGGGUGCGGCCGUGGAUGGACGAGAUCCUGCGCAUGCCGCAACGCCGCGAUAUCCUCAACAUCCGGCUUUUCAUCACGCGGCCCAAGAACACCAAGGAGAUCCACUCUGCCUCGAGCACCGUCCAGAUGUUCCCCGGUCGGCCGAACACGCCGACGCUGCUGCGCAAGGAAGUCGAGGAGCAGGUCGGCGCCAUGUGCGUCACCGUGUGCGGGCCCGGCGCGCUGGCCGACGAUGUGCGACGGGCCGUCCGCGAAGUGCAGGACGAGAACUCGGUCGUCGAUUUCUUCGAGGAGUCAUUUACCUGGUAA